AGACCUUCGUUACGUUCAGUACGCAUGUGAAGUGGAGCAUGUGAUAGGGUAAUAAACCACACUUUUAUUAACCUCCUUAGGGAGCGUAUUUGAAGUAUUUACCAAUAAAAAACGUAAAUAAACACUAAUGGAGUUACAGUCAACAUUGCCUAGGUUAAGCAGUCGGAUUUUAGGUUAAUUUUAACUUUUUCGGCGAGCUCAGUAGAAUGCGAUUCAAAGAAAACCCAAACCCUUUUAGACCAGAAAAUUAAACUUAAAAGAUUUAAGACUUAAAAGGCGAGUCAUUUAAUAGGGCUAUCAAGGCUCAUAUCAUAUAAGCUCUGAAAUGCUUACAGCUUUAACUUUGUACAUCCACGCAGAAAAGGAUGGACAUAAUGUCAUUCGUCGCAAACGAGCCUUUGGUAGCAGCGCUCCACCUUGUAACAUGACUAAUGGUGUAUACUUGGAAAAAUGGGACAGGAUAGACUACAAACGCGUUAAAUUUCUGCUGGCGGAUCCAAGAUAUCCAAACCUGCCAAGUUUUGCAACAUGUGUUCCAACAUUUGAGCAGCCGUCAAACUGGGGAGACUUCUUUGGCUCGCGUUUGAGAACGUAUUUUGUUCCUCUUCAGACCGGAAAUCAUUACUUCUACCUGUCUUCUAAUGGGGGGAGCGAGCUCUUCAUAAGCAAAGACGACAAGCCUGAUAGCAAAACUAUGAUAUCUGGAGUAGAUGGAGGAUUUCCUAGUCAUCAAUAUGAGUAUGACAGGUUCACAAACCAAAAGUCACUUCCAGUCUAUCUAGAAAAAGAUAAGUAUUACUACAUGGAAGCUAUCAUGAAAGACGAUCAUCAAUCUGAUCACUUGGAAGCUGCUUUAGAGACCCCAGACGGAACAUUUUAUAAAGUGAUUCCAUCUAAGUUCCUUUGGACAACAAAUCGUCUUUCAGCCUCUCAAAAUGCUACACAUCAGGCGAUUUUACUUAAAGUGGCAGCACGAGCCGGUGCAAAAGCUGGUUCAUCAUUUGGAGCAAAGUGGGCGAUGAAAAGUGGAGCAAAAGCAGGAGCAAAGGCUGGUGCCUUGGCAGGAAUGGCGGCUGGAGCGUCGGCAGGAGCUAACGCAGGCGAAAAAUCCGCCAUAAACACGUUUAAACAUACUCUGGAAGAUGCCUUUAAUACUCUACAUGGUGACAACUUGCACAAGUUUAACAUCAUUAUUAAACAUGGUAGUGUAGUCGAUGUAACGGGGCCUGGAAUGGGAGGAGCUGUCGGGACAGGAUCUACCAGUGGUGCUGUGGGUGCUGCAGCAGCUGGAGCAAGUAUGGGUACGGGAAUUGUAGGGGGUGGGGCAACAGGAGGUGGUGGUGCUGGAGGAGGAGGUGGUGCUGGUGCAGGAGGUGGUGGUGGGAUGGCGGGGGCUGGCGGUGUAACUGGGACAGCGGCAGGAGGUGUUGGAGUUGGUGGAGGGGGUAGAGGCGGUGGUGGUGGAGGUGGAGGGGCGGCAAUGGGAGGAGGCGGAGGAGGGGUUAGUGGAGGUGUAGGAACAGGUGCUAGCGCGGGUGCGGGUGCGGGUGCGGGUGCGGGUGCGGGAACGGGUGCUGGAGCUGGCGCUAGUGCUAGUGUGGGUGCCGAAGUGGGUGGUGCCGGGGGUGUAAAUGUAGGAGGAGGUGUUACAGCUGGUGGAUCAUCAGCUGGGCUAAUUACUGGGGCUGGUGGUGCGACAGGAGGUGCUGGCGGGGCAUUUGGUGGUGGUACUGGUGGUUCAUUCGGAGUAGAUUAUAGCGGAGUACGUCAGAUCACUUACUUUCCAAAACCAGGAGAGGAUCCACAAACCGCUGCUCGGGCCUUAGUUUGGAGAGUAGGAGGCGCAAGUAGACUUGUGAAAAAUGCAUUAUACACUGUACAUUCUUGGGAUAUCCCAUACGCACAGGAGAAUAGCAGUCUGAACUACUGUUGGCAGGCAAACAAUGGUGACGUGAAACUGGCUCCUUUUUGCCAAGUUUUUAUAGUUCGUAUUCCUGGACUGUACACGGGAGCUAAAGAAAGGACACAUACAAUGUCAUUUGAGUCAGUGUGUUUACCAGGGUACUUCAUAAAACAGAAAAAUUAUCACAUGAUUCUUCAGAAAAGAGAUGGAUCAGACCUUUUUGAUAAGGAAAGCACUUUCACUGCAAUUUCUGUGAUGAAAUUUGCCCGGAAUUACCUGCUGGAAUCCACGCACAAGGACUGGUACAUCUGCCAGGAUAAGAAGAAAUCAAUCCACAUCAACCCUGACCUAAAGUUGGAUUUUUACAAUGGCGAUCCAGAUGUCCUUAAUCGUUGCACGUUUUUAUUUCAUCCAAUACCGCAAACCGAUAAUAAAUAUAAAAUGUGUAAAAACGUUGUUGGACCAAUGAAACACCCCAGCAUAAGUGGACAACCUCUUCCUCAUCCUCCUCACUUGGUUCCAAAAACACAGCCACCAGCCCUUGCCCUGCCCUCUUGUAUCCCUGUAUGUCCAGCGGGAACAACGAGCGGAGCGACAGGGCAAACGGCGAGUUUGGGGUCCUCGUCUCUCGUCAUUCCUACAGUACCUGGAACACUAGGAGCUCACGCGAAGCCCUCUGUUAUCAACGCUAAGAAGGCGUGCGUUGCAGUUAACUUCAUCAACAACUUUGGAUCUCAAUUCACGCUCUACUCUUCUCUUAAGCACGAAGGUUAUCUUGUCACCGGAUCUGGCUUUAAACUCAAACUAAUCGUAGACCGACCUGAACUGCAUAGUCACGUGACAUUCUAUGCCAAAGAUCCCCUUGGCAAGCGCAAAAUCUUCCUGAAUGGACAACUAAGGACUUCAGAGGCAGUGGUUGCUGGCUGUCCUGAAUUUGCGAACGUGUUUGUUACGCCAGAGGAAGGCAUUCAUUCAGGAAAUACAAACAGUACAUCACAGCCUGGUGUCCCUGGUUCAACCAUGUUACCUCCAUCUACUUCAUUAUCACCACCAGCUCCAAAUUCCCCAGCUCCAUCUUCUCAUGCUCUCUCUCCGCCUGCCGUACCUCCAGCGCCACCUCCUGCUCCACUCCUUCCCCCACCUCCUGUGCCAGUUCCUUACCACAAUCACUUUCUUCCUCCUUCUUCUCACAAUCAUUCUGCUCCUAGUGCCUACGCACCUGCGCCACCUGCUGCUCCAUCAUCGUUGGGACCAGCUUCCUCUCCUACAAUUUCAAAUCCUACUGUUCAAGGAGCGACGACUUCUAAAGGAGAUCAUCAAGCAGUCCACUAUCAUUUCCACUAUCAUGGUAAAAAAGCACCGGUGACAACUUCAGUUUGUCCAAGUUUGUGCUCAGGUUCUGAGGAGUGCCAUCCCUCUUGCCCUUCACAAUGCUGUAAACGAGACUUCGAUGAAGUCGUGUCGGGCGACGAAGACGUCACGGUGGCAUGAAAGAAGAGGUUAUUUCACGACAAGUGCCUUGACAUUUGACGGUAUUUUCUUUCCCCGUCUAACAAGACUGUUGGACAUGGACGAAAGAGAAACAAAACGCGUAUAUUCCAAAAAUUGACGAUAUGUGUCUCUUUUUGUUUACCUUCCUUCGGCGGGGGUGGCAUUACGUUCAGCUGCCACCCGAAGCAGGAAAAGAUAAACAAUCAGCAAGGGUUAAGUUUAAACUCUGUAGGACAAAAGCUGCUUCUAAAGGAAAAAUCUAUGGUCAGAAUUACAAAUAAUGAGAUUAUUUUCUUGCAGCUUACAUUUAUUAGCCUUGUGGGAGUGUCAGGACGUUAAAAAUUUGUAGAUAAACAUAAAUAAGCUGUAAAUAAAUACAAAUAAACUAUUUUUAACCUUAUAUAGCCUACGGAAUUGCUUGGAGGUCGUUGGGCUUCAGGGAGGUCACAUGAUGGUCAUGUACCAAUUAUGACGUUUUUAACACAACAUGAAGUAUUCAAUUUAAUAAACUAUAAACAAAAUCAAAGUUACACCGUUACCUUUUUUGCCAGACCGAUGUAUCACGUUUAAGUCUCUUGGUAAUCAAUAGCUCAAUAUUCUAAAAAAAUGUUGAAUGUUUAUAGUGGUCGAUGUGCUUACCUACAACUAGCUAGUUCCCAGUCAUGCCACUUUAUUUGAAAUAAAGAAAAAUUUCAACUAAACGUAAUAAGCUUAAAGAUCCUAUAUGGGGGAAGGCCGCCCAGUUGGUUAUUUACAAGCAUGAGGAGAAGUUGAACUAGGGUCUACAGAGAAACAACUCUAGCUUAGUGGUCAGAACGGGACUUGAAUCCGCGUCUCCGGAUUUCAAGUCCGGCGCCCUAAACACUCUGCCACCCUGCCUCCCGGCCCGUGAGUGUGAAAUUGUCUGAACGAUGCAUAUCGGCUAGAAUGAUGUUGAAUGGAGUCCGAAACCGGGAUUAUUUUGUAAGUUCUGAGGUCUACAUAUUCUGAAACGGAAUCUUUCUCUUCAGCUGCUUCUUUUCCUAGUUAUUUCUAUAGUGCGCUAGAAGAACGCCAAACGUAGAAAAGUUAGUAUGGGCCGACGAUGCAUAAUUAAUUCGUGUCCACGCACACUUAAGAUGACUAAAGAAAAAAAAAAAAACUGCUCACAAAAUUCAUAAGUGAGCCGGUUCAUAUGGAGUACAGCGGAGUAAAAUUCACUGCAAGAUAAUGUAAAUGAUUUAACGGUUUAACAAACUAGUU